AUGUCGCUGAUUCCUUACGCCCCGGCCGAGUCGCGGGAGAUUGUACUGCGUCAUGGUUCUGCAGUCGUCGUGUACGACCAGCGCUCCAAGCAACUCUCCCUCCGCGAUGCCUCACACGCGACCGACGUUGGCUCCCCGUCAUGUCCCUACUGUCACCGUUCCUACCGCGAACCAUCACCACAUGAAGAACACGACACCACCGAGCAGGAGCAUAGCUCGCCUGGCAUCCCCACAGAGAAUGGCUUCGUUAAUCCCGCAUACUUCCAAAUGCUGCGCCGGAGUCAGCCAGACUCCACCGAAGGGUCGCGACCAUCAUCACCCCAUAAACAACUGGCGCCUGCGCCUAUGCGCAGGAGCAGCUUUCACACACCAGAAGGGUCAGAGUUUGUGGGAAGCACACCAGUUCGGCCCGCUAGGAGCCAGGGUAUAUCCGCGAGGGCCUUCAGUCCCAACUAUUUCAAAGACUUCUUCAUAGAAGAACGGGAGCUGGGGAGAGGCGGCAAGGGCGUGGUUCUGCUAGUGCAGCAUAUCCUGGAUGGCGUGCAUCUGGGCAAGUUCGCAUGCAAGCGUGUACCAGUCGGCGACGACCACGAAUGGCUGGAGAAGGUGUUGAUUGAAGUACAACUACUCCAGACCCUGUCGCACCAGAACCUGGUAUCAUACCGACAUGUCUGGUUGGAGGACUACCAGAUAUCUAGCUUCGGACCGAGUGUACCAUGUGCCUUUAUACUGCAACAGUACUGCAACGGCGGAGACCUUCACAGUUAUAUUCUUGACUCGGCGAAAACGUCCAUCACAAAGGAACAGAUGAAAGAGAGACUUAGGAGGAGGUCCAAGGGUCAGUUGGAAGACCCAGAGGAUGUGCAUGGUCCGCGUCGCAUGCAUUUUGAAGAGAUUAUAUCUUUCUUCAAAGACAUCACAUCCGGCUUAAGUCACCUCCACGCAAAUGGCUAUAUCCACCGAGACCUGAAGCCUAGUAACUGCUUGCUCCAUCGAACUGGCCACAAAGUCAAAGUCCUAGUCAGCGACUUUGGCGAAGUACAGUCGGCCAACACAGCCAGGAAUUCCACAGGAGCUACCGGUACCAUCUCGUACUGCGCGCCUGAAGUGCUCCGUCAAGAGCGACCCGGCGGUGCCUUUGGCAACUUCACAACCAAGUCUGACAUCUUUUCGCUCGGUAUGAUCGUUUACUUUAUGUGUUUUGCGCGCCUGCCGUACCGGAACGCGGAUGGUAUCGACGAGGACAACGAGGAUCUAGACCAAUUGAGGGCUGAAAUCUCGACUUGGGCUGGUAUUGACGACGAACAACGCGUUCGCUCAGACUUGCCUGAAAAGCUGUACAGAUCGCUCAAGAGGCUUCUUGCUAUCAAUCCCGACGAACGCCCAGGCGCAGAGGAAAUCCUACACGUCCUAAAGUCACCUCUAGUAUUCGACGAGUACAAUGCUUAUGCAGGCCCAUCCGGCCUCGACGAGUUCAGCCCGAGGAUAUCUAGAGCUGACACACCGAGCCCAUCGCCUACAAAUGGCAACAAAAAGCGCACGUCGGUCAAUUACACACGGCCAGGUCGAUCGCAGCUUAGCGCCACGGUCAUGGACCGACGGAGCGGUGAUUCUGAGAAGGAAGUUGGAAUUCCCGCCGCCGUCUUCUGGAGGGAGGACGCCAAGUCCACAGCGGCUUAUGCUGCCACCCCCGCUGCCUGCAGGUGCGUCGUCAAGGCUGCACAGGUUGCUGAGGAACCAGACUGUUAUCAGCACUACGAAGAUGAUGCUGUUCGUAGCGAAGGCGUGGAGUUUGCUGCGGCCUUGUCAGCCUUUUGCGGCGGAUCCGCGCGUACUGUAUCCGUUGUUGUGUUUAUCCUCACUGGAUUUCAUGCAUACUGGCGUACCUGUCAGGGGUAG